AAGUGUCUCUCAGCGCCCCGGAUGCGCCUGGGCGGCGGUGGUUGCCAGGGCGACAGGCGCUUGCAAGAGCUUCUGGUACUCGCGACUGGAGACUUAGAAAAAGGUUUCCUUUGGCGGGUCUGGACGGCUGGGGUCGUCUUCUCGGGGUUCCCAGGAUGUUCUUUUACCUGAGCAAGAAAGUCGCCAUUCCCGAUAACGUAAAGCUGAAAUGUGUAUCUUGGAAUAAGGACCAAGGAUUCAUAGCAUGUGGUGGUGAAGACGGAUUACUGAAAGUUUUGAAAUUAGAGACACAGACAGAUGAUGCAAAAUUGAGAGGUCUUGCAGUCCCUAGUAACCUUUCUAUGAAUCAGAAUCUAGAAGGUCAUAGUGGUUCGGUUCAAGUUGUAACAUGGAAUGAACAAUAUCAGAAGUUGACUACCAGUGAUCAAAAUGGGCUUAUCAUUGUUUGGAUGUUAUAUAAAGGCUCUUGGUACGAGGAGAUGAUCAACAACAGAAAUAAAUCAGUGGUUCGAAGUAUGAGCUGGAAUGCUGACGGACAGAAGAUCUGCAUUGUGUAUGAAGACGGGGCUGUGAUAGUUGGUUCGGUGGAUGGGAAUCGCAUUUGGGGAAAAGACUUGAAGGGUGUACAGUUAUGCCAUGUAGCAUGGUCUGCAGAUAGUAAAAUCCUACUUUUCGGAAUGACAAGUGGAGAAAUACACAUUUAUGAUAAUCAAGGGAAUUUUAUAAUGAAAAUGAAACUGAACUGUUUGGUGAACGUCACCGGAGCAAUCAGUAUUGCUGGAAUUCACUGGUACCAUGGCCAAGAAGGCUAUGUGGAGCCAGACUGCCCCUGCCUUGCUAUUUGUUUUGACAAUGGGAGGUGCCAAAUCAUGAGACAUGAGAACGACCAGAAUCCCGUUUUAAUUGAUACUGGCAUGUUUGUAGUAAGUAUCCAGUGGAACCACACUGGCAGCGUGUUGGCUGUGGCAGGCUCCCAGAAGGUUGUCACUCAGGAUAAAGAUGUAAACACUGUGCAGUUUUACACUCCAUUUGGUGAGCAUUUGGGUACUUUGAAGGUUCCUGGAAAGCAGAUGUCUGCACUAUCUUGGGAAGGAGGAGGACUGAAAAUUGCACUAGCUGUUGAUUCUUUUAUAUAUUUUGCAAACAUUCGACCUGAUUAUAAGUGGGGUUAUUGCUCCAAUACUGUAGUAUAUGCUUAUACCAGACCUGAUCGUCCAGAGUAUUGUGUUAUCUUUUGGGAUACAAAAAACAAUGAGAAAUAUGUUAAAUAUGUGAAGAGUCUCAUUUCUAUUACUACCUGUGGAGAUUUCUGCAUUUUGGCUACGAAAGCUGAUGAAAAUCAUCCUCAGGAGGAGAACGAGAUGGAAACAUUUGGUGCAAUGUUUGUGCUAGUUCUUUGUAAUUCUAUUGGCACACCUUUGGAUCCCAAAUAUAUUGAUAUUGUACCAUUAUUUGUUGCAAUGACCAAAACCCAUGUGAUAGCAGCUUCAAAAGAAGCAUUUUAUACCUGGCAAUAUCGUGUGGCAAAGAAGCUCACAGCAUUGGAAAUUAAUCAGAUCACGCGGUCUCGGAAAGAAGGGAGAGAAAGAAUUUAUCAUGUGGAUGAUACUCCUUCUGGAUCAGUGGAUGGGGUGCUUGACUAUAGUAAAGCCAUUCAAGGCACCCGGGAUCCAAUUUGUGCUAUAACUGCAUCUGAUAAGACACUGAUCGUGGGUCGUGAAUCUGGCACCAUUCAGAGAUACAGUCUUCCUAAUGUUGGUCUGAUUCAAAAGUAUUCCCUUAACUGUCGAGCCUACCAGUUAUCCUUGAAUUGCAAUUCUAGUCGUCUUGCUAUCAUAGAUAUCUCAGGAGUUCUAACUUUCUUUGACUUGGACGCUCGGGUAACAGACAGCACAGGACAGCAGGUCAUUGGCGAGUUGUUAAAAUUGGAGCGUAAAGAUGUCUGGGAUAUGAAGUGGGCCAAGGAUAAUCCAGAUUUGUUUGCGAUGAUGGAGAAGACAAGAAUGUAUGUUUUCAGAAACUUGGAUCCUGAGGAGCCCAUUCAGACUUCUGGAUAUAUUUGUAUCUUUGAGGAUUUAGAAAUUAAAUCUGUUCUUUUGGAUGAGAUAUUGAAGAAUCCAGAACACCCAAACAAGGAUUAUAUAAUUAACUUUGAGAUCCGGUCCUUGCGAGAUAGUCGAGCAUUGAUUGAGAAAGUUGGAAUUGAAGACGCAUCUCAAUUCAUCGAGGACAAUCCACACCCCCGACUUUGGCGCCUACUGGCUGAAGCAGCUCUUCAGAAACUAGAUCUGCACACGGCAGAGCAAGCGUUUGUGCGCUGCAAAGAUUACCAAGGCAUUAAGUUCGUGAAGCGCCUGGGCAAUCUACAGAGUGAGUCCAUGAAGCAGGCCGAAGUUGCUGCCUACUUCGGCAGGUUUGAAGAGGCAGAAAGAAUGUAUCUUGAUAUGGACAGAAGAGAUCUCGCUAUCGGCCUCCGGCUGAAAUUGGGAGAUUGGUUUAGAGUACUCCAGCUCUUGAAAACUGGAUCUGGUGAUGCAGAUGACAGUCUCCUUGAACAAGCCCACAAUGCCAUCGGAGACUACUUCGCUGAUCGGCAAAAGUGGUUGAAUGCUGUACAGUAUUAUGUACAAGGCCGGAACCAGGAACGCUUAGCUGAAUGCUAUUAUAUGUUGGAAGAUUAUGAGGGAUUGGAGAAUCUUGCCAGUUCACUUCCAGAAAACCACAAGUUGCUUCCAGAAAUAGCACAAAUGUUUGUGAGGGUUGGAAUGUGUGAACAAGCAGUGACCGCAUUUUUGAAAUGUAAUCAGCCAAAGGCAGCAGUAGAUACCUGUGUACAUCUCAACCAAUGGAACAAAGCUGUUGAGUUGGCUAAAAAUCACAGUAUGAAAGAAAUUGGAUCCCUGUUAGCGAGGUAUGCAUCUCAUUUAUUGGAAAAGAAUAAAACUCUUGAUGCCAUAGAACUCUAUCGGAAAGCCAAUUACUUUUAUGAUGCUGCUAAACUGAUGUUUAAGAUUGCAGAUGAAGAGGCAAAGAAAAGAACCAAACCUUUACGUGUCAAGAAGCUGUACGUACUGUCCGCUUUGCUUAUUGAGCAGUACCAUGAGCAAGUGAGAAAUGCCCAAAGAGGAAAAGUGAAAGGAAAGAGCUCAGAGGCCACAUCUGCUUUGGCUGGUUUGCUGGAGGAGGAAGUUCUGUCUACAACUAGUCGUUUCAGAGAUAAUGCUUGGAGAGGGGCUGAGGCUUACCACUUCUUCACACUUGCCCAGAGGCAGCUCUAUGAGGGAUAUGUUGACACUGCAUUGAAGACAGCUCUUCACCUGAGAGACUAUGAAGACAUCAUCCCUGCCGUCGAGAUCUACUCUCUGUUAGCACUCUGUGCGUGUGCCGGUAGAGCUUUUGGUACUUGUUCAAAAGCUUUUAUUAAACUUGAAUCUUUAGAGACCCUCAGUUCAGAGCAGAAACAGCAAUAUGAAGAUCUCGCUUUGGAAAUCUUCACCAAACAUCCUCCAAAAGAUAAUAGAAAAUCUGAAUUGGACAGCCUUCUUGAAGGAGGGGAAGGGAAAUUGCCAACAUGUGUUGCCACGGGAAGCCCAAUCACAGAAUAUCAGUUCUGGGUGUGCAAUGUGUGCAAGCACUGUGUUCUGGCUCAGGAAAUCAGUAACUACAACUUCUGUCCCUUAUGCCAUAGUUCAGUGGGAUGAAGAAAUGACAGAUUGUAUCUAACUGUAACAUACAUGUAGCAUGUAUACAUAGCUCUAACUGGAUAUACAAUAAAGCUGACUUUCAUACAUUUUAUAUAAAAAUCAGCACCAUUAUUCAUAGUUGUAUAUUCACACAAAGUUACAAAUUAUGUGUAUAUAACAUCUAUAUUAUAUAUACAUAUAUGUAUUAUGUAUACAUACAAUUUUGUGUAAAAAUACAACUAUGAAACAAUCAUGCUGAUUUUCAUCUAAAAUGUAUGGAAAUCAGCCUUAUUUCCUACCUGCCUAUAUCUAUCUCUCUGUCUAUAAAUUAUGGUUACAUAAUACUAUGAAAAAAUUCCAAAUAAGAAAUUUUUCUCACAGUUUCAAGGUUACUAAUUCAUUAAGAAACCUUGGCAGGGGGCAGGUGGGGGAAGCAUGGGAGUGGGGCAAAGUUGAAUUUAGGGAGUUGACAUACCUGUAUUAGAAGAAUGUUAAACAAUUGUGAUACUAAAAUUAGCUCUAUUGCUACCUGUAUUUAAUUAAAUAAGUAUUGAAUGUCUUCUGUAUUUUAUUUUCAGAAAUGAGAAGACACUUAAAGAUAUUUUUUAUAAUUUGAAUUGUUUCUAAUAGCCUUAUUUUUUUAUAUAGCUUUUCCUUUUUUAUCUACCCUUUUAGCCUCAUCUGAAAGAUGGCAUUUGGCAUUACUCUUUAUAUUGUGCAGAAAAAUUGGCUGUAUUUAUAAUGAUAUAAAUUUAUACAAAAACAUC